AUGGCUACCGCUACCGAGUUGCGGCCGAUUGAGCCGCCUGCAUUUACAAUACCAAAAGCAAAACCCCCAACCGUAUAUCACGACGUGGUCGACAUGGAGCAGGCAAUUCAUCUCGCCGGCCUCUGCCGCCAGAGCCUCGUGGAUCUCCAGGUCCAUCUUCCCGACUUUGACCCGUCUCAUCCUUUCACCGCCGAUGAGAUCAUCGCGCUACCCCUGGACAAGUACCGUAUCGAUGAUGCUCUUCACGAUCUUCCUCGACGCAAAUCCGCCCGGCACAACCUGGCCUGCGCCAUCGCACCGCUCGUGUACCCAGUACACGAGGGUUCAUUGACAGCCAUCAUUCGAUAUGAUGCAGACCGCGUUCGCCUUCGUGCCUGGGCUGUCCUUCAGCGAAAAUACGACCUGCUCAAAGCCACUAUUCGCAACGGCCACACCACCAAUGGCCUGACCGGUGGUGUCGGUCCCGGUGUCAACGCCCCCAUCUGGUCUUCCCGCAUCACUGCUCAGGGCGUCUGGGACCCAGCCAAGCACCCCGUCUCGCUCGACGGCGUGCCUGCUAUUCCCAUGCCUGUCCAGAUCGCCCACGAGGCUGAUCUCGAGCCGUUCCUGAGCCACCUCGAGCACGGUGGCACCAAUGAGCUCAAUGGAAACACCAAAGGCUUCGAGCUCGACGAGGGACGAGGCGAGCCUUACUACGGUGUUAAAGGCGCUGAGUUCCGCAAAGGUGUCGUGUACGAGGAUGGCCGAAUGGAUCUCUGCAAAAUGGUUGUUGGCCCCGACCAUAUCGGCAAAUUGAUGGACAGCCUGCGUCCCAAUGAGUUUGUCCGACACUUCCUGUUGGGCAAUAAUAUCAUCGGCCCCGUUGGUGCUCACGAGAUCGCCAACUUCAUCGAGGAGUUCCCUGACCGGAUGGACACUUGGUACCUUGCAGGAAAUUGCAUCAAUGGACCCAGCUUCAAAAUCCUCGUCGACGCCAUGGUUAAAUCCGAGGCCGUCACCAAUAUCUGGCUGAAACGCAACCCGCUUGGCGCAGACGCCGCCGAGGACGUCUAUCGCCUUAUCACUGGAGUCAAGAAUCUGCGGACUCUUGAUCUUGACCAGACCGAGCUCGGAAACCGAGGAGUCACUCACCUCUUUGAUCGCCUGGCCACACACGCCAUGCCUGAGGGUGCCAAACUCUCACUGAAGCACCUCUACCUCAAUGGCAACGGCAUCUCGACUGAGGCCGCUCAGGCUCUUGGCAGGUUCCUGAUGUCGCCGCACUGCGGCGUGACAUCUAUCUACAUGUCCUCCAACCCACUUGGCGAUGGAGGUGUAGAGGCUAUUGCAGCUGCAUUGCCCAAGGCACCGUAUCUGGCUCGACUGCUCUUACAGUCGGUUGGAGUCAGCACCAAAGGUGCCAUUGCGCUCUGCAAGGCUGCUACCGGCCACUCGAACCUCGAGGUCCUUGACCUUGGCCAGGCGUAUGUGACUCAGGAUCUUGGCCAGGCUUACAACUUCAUCGAGGAUGAGGCUGUGCCCGCCAUCAAGGAGCUCAUUGAGACAAAGAGCCGCCUGGCGUACCUCAACUUUGGGUACUGCCCCAUCUCGCCGCCAGGACUCAAGACCUUGUCUGAGACAGUCCUCCAGAACUCAACACUUGUGUGGUAUACGGCCUACUCGGUCCUGCCGGACCCAGAGCGCCUGGCCGCCACCUUUACACCGACGGUCGACACUCGUUUCGCCAACCCUGCCGAGCGCAGCCACGCGCAAAUGGAACUGGACAAGGCCGUCCGCACUCACCUGGCUGUGAAUGUGCAGGCACGAUACGGCGAGGGCACCUCGUACAAUCGGUUCCAGGAGGAGGAGCGACGCUGGCUCGUCAGCGACAAGACCGACGUGCGCAAAAUCGACAGCGUGUACCGUAACCGUGACGCCGGACUCGCCCGUCGCCGGUUGAUGACUCUGAUCAAAAACUGGGAGGAGGGUGAUGAGACUCUCGACCGUGUCAUGGCUGCCCAUGCGCCAACCUGCUCGCUGCGCCGACACUAA